UUGAAUAAUGACACCUUUAAUGAUAUGAGUCAGCCAAUAGAAGUGUAAUAUAUUUCGUCCAAUCAUUAUCAGAAACGUUCCUAUAAGACAGUGUUUCGUAAUAUAUUGUCACGUUGAGUUUGGUGCCGAUUGUGAACAGGGUUAGCAUUAAUCCUUUCGUGAAAACAAUUCAACUGUUUCAAUAGAAAUCUUAUUUUUAAGCAUCAUUGAAAUGCAAUAUAACUAAAUAUUUAAUUGAAGAAAGAAAACAUCAACUAAAUCAACCUGACCAGUUUAUGAUAUACACGCUAAACAUGCCAGUAGACGUUGGUCAUCUUCAGUUACUCUUCACGGUUCUCUCACUUUCGGAAGCCAUGUUGUGCCGACAAUAUAAAGGAAAUAUAAAGGCUGACAACAAAGGAACCACACAGGCGCCAUCGGACAUCUUAUUCGCUGCCUCUCUUUUGACGUGUGUCUCCUUAUGUGGUAAUGGAUGCCAGUGUGUCAGUUACAACUCUGACAAAGAUGUACAGACUUCACAGUUCGUGUAGUCCCCAUACUUUGACAGUGACCCAGACAGAUUGGAAAACAUAUUCAAUUGUCAAAAUACAACCAUCAAGUUGUCAAGACCUAUACACCUGCGGUCAGAAAACCUCUGGCGUGUACACUAUUUACCCGUGGGAGAGGUCUGACCCUAAUUACCGUCCUGUCCAGGUCUACUGUGAUAUGGAAACAGAUGGAGGCGGAUGGACGGCAAUUCAGAGACGAGUUAAUGGAGGAAAAAGUUUCAAACAGAAUUGGGUGGAUUAUAAGAUAGGGUUUGGAUCUCCGCACGAAGACUACUGGAUUGGAAACGAUGUAAUUCAUCAGCUUACAAAAGGGACGAAUUCUAGCCUGUACGUAGAGAUUAGUCCCAGACGUGAUAAUUAUACCUUUUAUCAAGUGUAUAGAGAUUUUUCAAUCUCUAGCGAGGACCAGAAAUAUAAACUUGCAAACCCUGGAAAUGGAUGUAAUUAG